AUGGUUUGUGGCAGCGGCGAGGACUGGGAGGAGGAUCCUAUCAUCUUCUGCGAUUGCUGCUAUACCCCCACACAUUUUCUUUGUCUAGGCAGCAGCAGCAGCAGCUUUGAUGCUGCUGUUGCUGCUGCUGCAGCAAAAAGAAAAAAAAUUAUUAAAGCUGCAGGAGGGAUUGCUGGCAUGUCACCUGCUGCUGCUGCUGCUGCUGCUGCUGCUGCUGCUGCUGCUGCUAAAGCUGCAGCACAGGAAAAACAUAAUGCAGACAGGAAGACAACUGAUGCUGCUGCUGAUGUUGUUGAUGCUGCUGCUGCUGCUGCUGCUGAUGCUGCUGCUGCUGCUGUUGAUAGAGAUGUGGGUGCUGCUUCUGCUGCUGCUGCAGCAAGAACCAGCAGCAACAGCAGCAGCAGCAACAUUCGCACAACGAGCAGCAACAGUACCCGUCCUUCAAGCAGCAACAGCAGCAGAAACCCCGCCUCACCACCCACCACCAGCACCACCACCACCAGCAGCAGCAGCAGCAGCAGCAGCAGCAGCAGCAGCAGCAGCAGCGGUGAGGAUAGAAGACCUGUGGGGGGGGCUGGGGGGUUUGCUGCUGCUCCCGAUGCUGAGGAGUGGCUGUGCCCCCUCUGCUGCCACCUGCGGAAGCAGCUGCCGCUUGUGGACGAGGAGACAGCUCUUGCUGCUAUUCGUCUUGCUGCUGCUCCUCGUACAGCAGCAGCAGCAGCAGCAGCAGCAGCAGCAUGCAUGCAGCAGCAACACAAAGAAUGGGGCCCUGAAGAAUAUAAAAAACUUACAAACUUCUCUCCUCCUCUGCUGCUCGGACUGCAGCAAGGAGACAACAUAAAACCGCGGGGGUUUAACCAUAGAAAGGCAGCAGCAGCGCAGCACAACAACCCCACCCUUUUGCCGUCUGUGCGUGUAGAUAAACACGUUGUUGCUGCUGCUCAGGCUGCUGCUGCAGCAGCAGCAGCAGCUGCUGCUGCUGCUGCUCCUGCAGAAGCAGAAGAUCCAGGGACAGACACAGCAGCGGACAACACUGCAAAUCAUGCUGCUGCUGCUGCUGCAGCAGCAGACAGCAGCACGAAAAACAGCAACAACAGCAGCAGCAACAGCAGCAGCAGCAGCAGCAGCAGCAGCAGCAGCAGCAGCAAGGUGCUGGUGAAUCCGCUGGAUUAUCUGCGGCAGAUCCCUCUUUGCUUUUCUGAUUCAGAAGACGAGGAAGCAGGCAGCGGAGAAGCAGCAGCAGCAGCAGCAGCAACAGGACAGCAGCAGCAGCAGCAGCAGCAGCAGCAGCGUGGGGUUGGAGGUGGUAGUAACAGCAAAGGAGGAUCUCAGCAGCAGCAGAACCAGCAGCACAGCAGCAACAGCAACAACAGCAGCAGCAGCAACAACCACCACCAACACCAGCAGCAGCAGCAGCAGCAGCAGCAGCAGCAGCAGGAGGAGCUGCUGCAGAGCAGCAAGUUCUACAGCAAAGACCCCAGGCUCAGAUACUGCGUCGUUUUCAGGCUAACCGAGAAAAAGAAAAAGUAA